GUUACCUCCACACACUCGUUGGUAUAGUUGCGCGCGCAUCGGCGGCCAAUGACUAAUGCGUUUCGCGUGUGGUGGCUAGGAAGAAAUUCAGACGAGUCAUUUGUCCACUUGUUCACUGUUGCAACACAGCUCUUAUCCGCGGCCUGUCUUGGAUUCAAUCACGCGGCGCACGGUAAGAAAGUACAGCAUAUAUUUUUGAAUAGGUUGAUAACAAAGUUGAAAAUAUGUCUAUUGAAACAAAAAAUCACGAACUUACCGAGGAGAAAAUUAGUGAUACGAAGAUAGUUCCAAUUGAUGUAGAAGUUAAUCAGCAGAAUGAUAAAACGAUGGAUAAGGAUAUGCCCAUUGAGAACACUUGUUCUGUAGAUAAUAUUUCGAAUAAAAUGGACUCUGAAGAUGAAAUCACUGCUGGAAAGGAUGAUGUAAAGUGCGGGUACCGUGUUUUAAAAGAUCCUGAUUGGGUAAAAGAAUGUAAUUGGAGAUCAUUACCAAAUAAUGGAGUUGACGAAGCGGUUAAAGAAUUCAUGACAUGUAAAAUACAUGAUCCGAAGAUGCCCAAAACACCGAGGUAUAGACCAACUCCGAGAUUUCUUAAUUUCCCCAUCACAUUCGAACCAUCGAAUCCGGUAUUCAAAUCAAAAGUAAACAAUGAUCCAAAGGCCUAACCUAACUUCACUGUGCAUUUUAUAUACCUAAUGAUAUUUCCGCCAUAAAGUUCUCAGUAUUUAUCAUUUUGUAAUUGAUUUUUUUUUUUUUUUUUUGUAUUAAUUUAAAUGAAAUGUUUUGUUUCCAUAUGAUUUCCAUAAUUUACUAGAUAAUUGUACAAUUGAAUUCACUCAGCUUAUAAUAUAAUACAAGUACACAAUAAAAUGUGUAUGUAUAAUAAGUACAAAUCUAGAAUCUUAAGUAAAUUUAGUUUGAACUUUUUUGUAUUUUUAUUCAUUUUUUUUUUUUUUUUUUAAUAUUAACUUUAAUUGUACUAAUUAAGUAAUCUGUUUUAUAAAUUUUUAAACAAUUCAUAAAUAUGUUAUUAUCCAAUAUGAGUAUUGACCAUACUCGUUAGGUAGUGCUUAUCAUUUAUUGUAAUUUAAUAUAAUAUAGUUGUGUGUCACCGUAUAUAUGUAGCUUUUUAGCACCAAUUAAGUGAUUUUUUUUUCCAUUGGUUGUUUCCCUUGAUA